GCGCCCCUUGCGCUGCGCUCCAUGCCCGUGUGGUGCUGCCGCUGCUCCCUGGCCGGUCAUUUCAGAAACUAUAAUGACACUGAAGCUGAAGGAGAGAUUUUUAAUUCCUUAGUGCAAUAUUUUGGUGAUAAUUUGGGGCAGAAAGUUAAAGCGAUGCCAUUAGUUGAAGAAACCUCUUUGCUUGAAGAUUCAUCAGUGCCUUUGCCUGUGGUAAUAAUAGGAAAUGGGCCUUCAGGAAUAUGCCUUUCUUAUAUGUUAUCAGGCUACAGACCAUAUUUAUCAUCAGAAGCAAUGCAUCCAAAUCCAGUCUUACAUAGUAAGUUAGAAGAAGCAAGACAUCUCUCCAUUGUUGAUCAGGACUUGGAAUACUUGUCUGAAGGCCUUGAGGGCCGGUCUUCCAAUCCAGUUGCAGUACUUUUUGACACACUUAUUCAUCCAGAUGCCGACUUUGGAUAUGAUUACCCAUCUGUUUUACAUUGGAAAUUAGAAAAACAUCAUUAUAUCCCUCACUUAGUUCUUGGUAAAGGUCCACCUGGUGGGGCUUGGCAUAAUAUGGAAGGCUGCAUGUUAACAAUCAGCUUUGGUAAUUGGAUGGAGCUACCUGGACUUAAAUUUAGAGAUUGGAUAUCUAGCACACGAAGGAACCUAAAAGGGGAUCGAGUUAUACCAGAGGAAAUAGCUCGCUACUAUAAACAUUAUGUAAAAGUCAUGGGUCUUCAGAAAAAUUUCAGAGAGAAUACUUACAUAACCUCUGUAUCAAGACUCUACAGAGAUCAAGAUGAUAGUGAUAGUCAAGAGCGAGAUGUUUCAACAAAGCAUUUACAGAUUGACAAGUCAAAAUUUAUCAAGAGAAUCUGGGAAAUCAGAGGUUAUCAGCAAAGAGCAGAUGGCUCUCAUAUUCCCUUUUGCCUCUUUGCUGAGAAUGUAGCUCUCGCAACUGGAACAUUGGAUUCUCCGGCCCAUCUGGAAAUAGAAGGGGAAGAUUUUCCUUUUGUGCUUCAUUCAAUGCCUGAAUUUGGAGCUGCUGUCAACAAAGGAAAGUUGUGUGGCAAAGUGGACCCCGUGUUAAUUGUAGGCUCUGGGCUUACUGCAGCUGAUGCAGUACUGUGUGCUUAUAACAAUAAUAUCCCUGUGAUCCAUGUGUUUCGCAGACGGGUAACUGAUCCAAGCUUAAUUUUUAAACAGCUUCCCAAAAAGCUUUAUCCUGAAUAUCAUAAGGUGUAUCAUAUGAUGUGUACUCAGUCAUAUUCUACAGACUCAGACCUUUUAUCUGAUUAUACCAGUUUUCCUGAGCACCAUGUGCUUUCCUUUACGUCGGACAUGAAAUGCAUUCUUCAAAGCGUCUCUGGACUAAAGAAAGUAUUUAAGCUGUCUGCAGCUGUAGUGUUGAUAGGUUCUCAUCCUAAUCUGUCUUUUCUAAAGGAACAAGGGUGUUACCUAGGCCACAACUCAAGCCAGCCAAUCACAUGUAAGGGGAACCCUGUGGAGAUUGAUGCGUAUACCUAUGAAUGUGUUAAAGAAGCCAAUCUUUUUGCAUUAGGCCCUUUGGUAGGAGACAAUUUUGUUCGAUUUUUAAAGGGCGGGGCAUUGGGGGUUACAAGAUGUUUAGCUACAAGACAGAAGAAACGGCAGCAUUUGUUUGUUGAAAGAGGAGGAGGAGAUGGGAUAGCUUAAAAGCACCACGUUUACAAGUCACUUAAAUGGGCAGUUUACCUUUAAAGGUUUUUAAUAGUUGUUUUGCAGUGUGAUGGCUUGAAUAUUCUGGACUUGAAUUAACUGGAGGAGAGCCUCAAGCUAUAACUUGGUUUUAUAAGUUACCAGAGCUGCUUGUCUUGAUGUAUAUCAAAGUAUCAUGUCAAACAAAUAGAAAUACUGCCAACUUGGUAUACCUUCAACUUCAAUUUAAGUAAAUCAUUCUUUUCAUUCUUGACCUAUUUUUUGGAAUCAUUUUUGUCAUUCCAAAAUAAUUAUAACCUGGAAUUUACAAAGGGAAAUACAUGGUCAUUUAGGUCAGAAAUUAUCUUUAAUUCAUAUCGGGUCACCUUACUGCUCAAAUGGUCUAGGGUCCAGCUACGUUAGUUUUCUCUGUAGCUUAUUAGAAGUUUAGGCUCUCAGGCCCCACCAAAUACUUGUUUAAUCAGAAACUACAUUCUUAGAAGAUCUCCAAGGGAUAUGUUUGUUCAUUGAAGUCGAGACUCAGUGGUCUAAAUGGAAAUAAGGUAUAUAUGCUAUGAUGGGAUAGAAGCAGAAGACAUUUUAAACUCAGGUUUUAUUUAUUUUGAAAUUAUCAGUUAUAUAAAACUAAUUUAUUACCAAAUGUGAUAAUCUUUUAAAAGUAUUUUUUAUUGUUGAAACUUUGACAGGUACUUCAUAUUCUUAACAUCCAGCAGUUUAACAUUCCAAUAAUGUUGGUGUAACCUGUAACAUCUAAGAGUCCAAAAUAUGUUUUAGAGAUUUAUUCUCUAUUUACCCACAAUAAUAUCUAAUGAAUUUGAUUUGCAAUCCAAUAAAUUGUGGAUGGAACUGC